AUGCUCACCGUUCCAAAUGCGCAUCCCCCUUUGCCAAUGCGCAAAGGUUCAUGGCGUCAUCGUACAAUAUCUAGAAAAAGACGAGCUUUAAGUGCCCGUCGCCAUUCAAGUCCAGCAGCUCCGGGAGCAUUUGGGAAUGCAAUUGAGCGUGUUUGUGAGAAAUUAGUUGGGUUAUUUACUUCCCCUAUUAAUGGUGGAUUAACACCUUUAGUACAUCAACAACAAAAGAAAUACUUCCCAGCCUCAAAUUUUGCCAAAUUGCGUGACUUAAAAUCUACAGUCGAUUUGCUUACUUCAAUAACUUUUUUCCGAAUGAAGGUAUUAGAAUUAGCUAGUCCUCCACGUGCUUCAAAUGUUGUUAGAGAAUGUGCAAAGGCUUGUAUGGAGGUAGAGCUAUUUUUUAAUUAA